AUUCGAUUAUUAAUUAACCUGUUAAUGUUUUUAUAUAUUUGUAUUUUCACACCUAAAGAGUAAAAUAUAAUAAUUUUAAUAUGAAAUAUAAUGGAAGUUUUGGUUUAGUGUAUUUUUUCUAGAUUUUUCGUCAAAAUAAUUGUUUUCUAUUUUAUACGUAUUUAUUAUUAAAUUUCCCAGUAAUUCAUUUCCAACAUUGUAAAUAAAUAAUCCCCUCUAAAUUAGAUUUUUUCAUUAAUUAAAAAUGGACGUAGCCAAUGAUUACGCCGAAAUAACCCCCGAGAUUCUAAAGGGAGGUGCCCAGGAGGAUCGCGGCGAGACUGCCAGAAUGCAGUAUUUUAUCGGAUCUAUUGCCGUUGGAGACCUGUUAAAAUCUACUUUGGGACCUAAAGGUAUGGACAAGUUGCUCCAACCUAUGAAUCUUGAAGGUCCCGGCGGUGGUAUGAAUGUAGUAACUAACGACGGAGCGACGAUUUUGAAGUCAGUUUGGCUAAAUAAUCCAGCAGCCAGAGUUUUAGUCGAUGUUUCAAUGCAGCAAGAUGCUCAGUGUGGAGAUGGUACCACUGGAGUGGUAGUUUUGGCCUCAGAACUCCUUAGAGCCGCCGAAAAGCUCAUAGAACAGAAGAUCCAUCCACAAACAAUUUGUUUGGGUUUCAGAAAGGCACUAAAGGUUGCAAGAGAUAGGCUAGAUGAGAUAAAGUUUUCUAGAAUCCUAGAUAAGGACAAGUUUGAGUCAGACCUACUUAAUAUUGCAAGAACCACCCUUUCAUCAAAACUACUUCGCGUUGAAAAGGACCACUUUGCAAAUUUGGCUGUUAACGCACUCCUGAGGAUGCACAGGAAUCUGGACAAGGACAGCCAGGACGCUUCAUCCCACCUAAAUUUAUCCUUAAUCCAAAUUAUAAAGAAGCCCGGUGGAACUUUGAAGGAUUCAUACCUCGAGGACGGAUUUGUGCUUGAGAAAAGAAUCGGAGUUGGACAGCCAAAGAGAAUGACUGAUUGCAAAAUUUUAGUUGCAAACACACCAAUGGAUACAGACAAAGUCAAGAUUUACGGGGUUAAAGUCAAUGUCGACUCAUUUGAGGCAGUAAGCGCUCUUGAACAAAGUGAACGUGACAAGAUGAAGAAAAAGGUUAACAAAAUACUCGCUCACAAAUGCAAUGUCUUUAUUAACAGGCAAUUGAUUUACAACUACCCAGACCAACUUUUCAAGGAGGCAGGAGUUAUGGCCAUUGAACACUCAGACUUUGACGGAAUGGAAAGACUUGCAGCCUGCUUAGAUGCUGAAAUAGUUUCAACCUUUGACACUCCAGAAAAGGUUAAACUUGGCAGAUGUGACCUUAUUGAGGAGGUUAUCAUUGGAGAGGACAAGCUCAUUAGAUUCUCAGGAUGCUCAAGAGGCGGCGCCUGUACGAUAAUUUUGAGGGGAGCUUCAACUCACGUACUCGACGAGGCUGAGAGGUCACUACACGACGCUCUUGCAGUUCUAAGCGAGACUCUAAAUGAUGGCAGGAUAGUCUGCGGAGGAGGCUGUGCAGAACUUGAAAUGGCACACUACGUAGAAGAGUACGCAAAAACAAUAGCUGGAAAGGAAAGCUUAGCAGUUGAGGCUUUUGCCCAUGCACUCAGAACACUCCCUGGAUACAUACUAAGCAAUGGAGGAUUCGAUAGCGCUGAUGUACUCUGCAAGCUCAGAGCUGAGCAUUCUAAGGGAAACGUUAGUGCAGGUAUCGAUAUCGACAAAGGAUCAGUAGGGGACAUGAUGAAGUUGGGAGUGUUUGAAAGCUACAAAUCAAAACUCUCUCAGAUUUGUCUCGCAACAGAAGCUGCUGAAUCAAUUGUAAGAGUGGAUGACAUAAUCAAAUGUGAGCCAAGACAACGUAAUCCUGGUGUAUAAAAUCCCUCAUUUUAAAUAAUCUUCUUUAUCUUAAUGUAGUAAACUGUAUUAUAU